GGCAAUUUUUGUAAAUUAUUUAUGAAAAAUUGAAAAUAUCAUGUCGACGGCUUUAUUACAGCAUUAAUUAUGAUGUCAAGAAGUAUCACCGUGUGUACUCUUGACCUCAGUUCCUACUUAUAUAGCUCGGCUCUUCCUCUUCCACAAAUCUCAUUCAUCACGUUUAAUUCAUAGAGAUCACGAUGAAGGGAGCUAAGAAUUACUUGAGGAUGUCGACUGAUCCAACUCUAUCAGAAGCAGCUUCCAAAUUAAUCAACUCCGAUUUGAAAGAUAUCGGAGAAGCUACGAGGAAAUUGGCUGAUCAUGUCAUCAAGCUCGGAGUCAGCGGUGGUUUCAUCACUACCUGCCUUCAAUGGUUCGCUUGCUUCGCCGCCAUUUAUUUGCUGAUACUCGAUCGAACAAACUGGAGGACGAAGAUCCUCACUUCACUUUUGGUCCCCUACAUCUUCUUGACUCUUCCUGACUGGCUCUUCGGAAUUUUGCACGGAGACAUCGGGAAAUGGAUCACUUUAGUCGGAGUCGUAUUGCGCCUCUUCUUCCGUGAACAUUACCCAGAAUACCUAGAGUUGCCGGGAUCUUUACUCCUUUUGGUUGUGGUAGCUCCAAACUUCGUCGCCGGCUACGUCAGAGUAGGGUGGAUCGGAGUGAUUGUCUGCUUGGUUAUCGGAUGCUACUUGCUUCAAGAACACAUCAGAGCUUCUGGAGGAUUCAAGAACGCUUUCACCAAGAGCAAUGGUAUUUCCAACACCAUCGGUAUCGUUCUCUUGUUCGUCUUCCCUGUCUGGGCUAUAAUCGGGUUAAUAUUCUGAGAUGUUUUGUGAUUUCUGUGUAUUCGAUAACAAGAAUCCUUCCAUUGAUGUGUGCAUUGAAGGUCCGUUUGUAUUUAUGUAAUGUGAGCCUUUUUCUUUCUUUGAUUCGAAUCCGAUUAAUAAGUUUGAUUCAUUGUGCAUGGGUUGAAGCUCCAAAUUUGUUAUGGGAAGUGACUUUAGGGUAUAAUUUUUUGUCAAUAUGCAGUGCAAAUGGAAAGAGAAGAAAAAAACAACUAAUUUUGGAUUAAACUAAAACUAAAGGUCCCUUCCCUUUUGGGAUUGUGGUUGACGAAAGUUUGAACCCCACAAACGCUAUUCAACUAAAAAAUAUCUAAAAACACUGGAAUAAAUUGUAAAUUUGGUCCAUGUUAUUUACUAACAAAUACAAGUUUAGUCCAUAUUUUCUCAUUUAAUUCAAAAUUUAACCUUCAUUGCAGAUUUGAUCGCUCAUUUUAACUUUUGUUUUUUUAGUUCACUUGGUAACAUACACCUCAUGUGAGACAUAUUUGUCAUUUUAGUAUUUAAUAUCAUGUUAUUUUUUAUUUAAAAUUAAAAAACUUCUUGAGGUGGCCGAUGAAACCCCUCAAAUAUUGCAGCAUUAUGUAAAUUAUUUUGUCGUGUCACCUCUAAAAUCAUAUGUGAUAACCAUGAUAUUUUGUCUUGUGUCUACCACUACUUACUCUCUCUCUCUCUCUCUCUCUCUCUCUCUCUCUCU